AUGAUGCUGGGGAAGACAGUGUUCGCCAGGCGGUACUCGGUGUGCCAUGUCCCACCGCUGCGACGCGCCACCCACAGAGGUGUCUUGUCAUUCAAGAAGAAACCAUACACCUGGGCAGUGAUCAUUCCGAUCCGCGCUGUCAUCGUGAAGAAAGCCAUUUGCAGGGAUGAGAAGCCGUUUUCAGUGGAUUCUGGUCGUAAUCCGAUAUUCAUCGAAUGCAAGUCUCGUCCGGCACCUGCUGUUACCAUCGCCAAUGCUUGCUGGAUCCCAAUGAGUAGCAUUCGUGUCUGA